UUUUAUUUAUAGGCUUUUGGACAUAUAUCGGGAGCUCACUUAAAUCCAGCCGUCACCUUUGCUGCGGUGUUUUUGAAAGUUGUGUCACCUCUCAUGUCAAUCGUAUAUAUUUCAGCUCAGUUUUUUGGAGCUAUACUAGGAUUUGCACUUUUAAAGAUUUUGAUGCCUGCCGACUACUGGGUAGAAGGAUUUUGUAUGACAUUGCCUCACAAAUUGAUCUCUCCCAUGCAAGCUUUAGUCAUAGAAAUCAUCAUCACUACCACUUUGAUCAUUGUUGUGUGCGCUGUAUGGGAUAAAAGGAAUGAAGCCAACCAGGACUCAACUGCUUUGCGAUUUGGUUUAAUCGUUGCCGCCAUAUCUAUGGUUGCAGGACCUCUAACUGGUGCAAGUAUGAACACCGUUAGAACUUUCGCCCCAGCAUUAUGGCUUAAUGAUUUCAGGCACCAAUGGGUUUACUGGCUUGGUCCAAACAUGGGCGCCGUCUUAGGAUGCGGCAUCUACAAGUACCUCUUUUCCCUUCCCGAAGAAGAUCCUCUUACAAAAGAAGAAGAAGAAGUAGUCGAUCUGCAAGAUAUAAAGCUUGAAAAAGCAUAAUUUUUUCAACUGCAAAAUAGGAAAAAGCCAAUACUUCUACUGACCUGCAAAACAUGCAAAACAUAAUUUUUAAAUUAUUAUAUUUGUAAAAAACAGGGUGUCUGUAAAAGGUCUUUACAAAACAAACCACAUAUGCCUUAGACCAAAAUAAGUCGAUUUAAGUAAAAUUACCUUAGU